GAGGGAUUCUGCUGCUUCCUCCUAGAGCCACACUAUUCCUGCACAUUAUUCUACAUUUCAGUCUGGAGGAAACAAAGAAGAGAACAGGAUGGCCAACUCAGCACUGGAAAUAGUUGCCCUGAUGUUGACCCUUAUAGGGAUGAUUGGGACAGCAGCAAGUACCGGGAUGCCGAUGUGGCGUGUCACAGCUUUCAUAGGAGAGAACAUCAUUGUGUUUGAGACCCGAUACGAGGGUUUGUGGAUGAACUGCUUUCGACAGGCCGACAUCAGGAUGCAGUGCAAGGUGUACGAUUCUCUCCUGGCCCUGUCACCUGACCUACAAGCGGCAAGGGGGCUCAUGUGCAGCGCCCUAGCUUUGGGUGGCCUCGGUCUCCUGAUCAGCUUGGUUGGACUGCAGUGCACGUCCUGCAUUCAAAACGACGACAAAGCGAAGAGACUUGUCCUCAUCACUGCAGGAGUUAUGAUCAUAUGUGCUUGCAUCUGUGUGCUCAUCCCCGUUUCCUGGACGGGUCACGUCAUCAUCAGGGACUUCUACAACCCCUUGCUGAUCGACGCCCAGCGCAGGGAGCUCGGGGAGGCUCUGUAUAUCGGCUGGGUGGCUGCUGCUUUCUUGUUCGCUGGUGGAUGCUUUUUUGUUUGUUGCAAUCUGCAGUCUGACAGUAAGGAGUCAGAGAGGUAUCUGUACUCAAGGGCCUCCGACUACAUGGCCUACCCUCCACAGCCACCACAACCAUUACAGCCUCUACAGCCUCAACAGCUGGUGCUCCUUCCCCAACCACAGCCACAGCCAAUACUGUCAAGACAUCCCUCCAACAACUACAGCUACAACUCCAGGUACCCCUCAGUUCGCAGUGGAGUGGCUUAUCUCUGAACACUCAGAAUGACUUUAGCCAUUAUGACAACAGGUACGGUCACCAUAUGAAAGGAAAAGCAUUUUUCACAUUAUUAUUACUAUUAGGCACUUUGAAUUGCUCUUCGGUGCUUAAAAGAUAAACUUGCCGUGCCUAUCACACUGAAAGAUGUCUUUCAUGUAAGAAAAUGAAUGCAUUUCAUGUACAUAACUUACUGUGUUAAAGUGAAAUAACCUUUACAUGCCUCUUGUAUAUUUUUGAGGAGUAGUAAGUGAGUAAGUGAUAUUUACAGCAUCUUCAUAUGUAAAAAUAUUCUCAUUUUCAUGCCAGUAAUUCAUUUCAAUCAUUUUAAUGCUUGUUAUUAAUCAAAUUUUAUACUGACAAUCCUGUGUUUGCAUAUUAGUUGUGUAACUACCUUGUAUUUAACAUUUCAUGCAACCUGUAACCAAUGAGAGAUGUAAGCGCCAUUAUCAAGCAGGUUUAUUCGGGUUCACAGUUUAAAUGAUUCAUGUUUUUGUUGUUAGUAAUACCUCAUUCACUGUUUCAGUGAAUUUUCCUUUUAAGCUUUAUCGCAGAGACCAAUCAAUCUAAAACCGGUAUUAAAAGGACCAACAAAGGUAGCAGGGUUACAGGAACAACCCUUGGGACAGUAAACAUCAUGCUUGUGACUGAUUUGGAGAAAAUAACUCAGACUUGUGUUUUUGAAAACUUAAAAGAUCAUGUCUAUCAAUGUUACCAGAAAACAACUGUGAGUCUGUAUUUAACUUUCAGUUUUUGUUUAAGUUUACUGUAUGCCCUGGAGCUCUCUGGGAGAGAUGGAACUGAACAAAUGAGAGCAAACAUGAGAUGCAGGUUUAGGACUGCUUGUUUAAGGGUGUGGACUCACAGGAAACUCAACCUGAGAGCUUUGUGUUAGAGCCUUGUUAUAGAGACAAGGUGACAGCAUGAACAUGUGAUCGCCAUUUGCAAGUCACUUUGAAUGAGUUACAGAGAGCUCAGGACGAAACAAUGACUAAUUCAUCUGGGGUUUUACCUCCGUUUCAUACAUUUUCAAUCAAUGAGGAAACAUUUCUAUUUUCGUUUCAUCACUCAGCAGAGUGAUGACGCAUGUUUACGCCUAAACUAUCAAUAACCUUUUGUUUAGUUUCAGGGAUUUUAAAUCCAAUCUGCAAUUUAGAAUAGAAAAGAACCUCUUUACUGUCAUUGCAAAGGCAGUACAACAAAAUUAAAAAGCCUCAUUUGAAAGCACUGCUGCUUUAAAAACAGAUCACACAAAAACAUAAAAACAAAACACCAUAAAUCAACAGAUAUCAACACAUUAAAUUAUUAAGAUAUUGCACUGAAAUUCAGAUGGAUAUUAAAAUCAUGUGCAAGCAUUUACAGCUCUGAUGUCCCAGGGAAAUAAACUAGUUUUAGUCUGUUUGUUCUGCUUUUUAAAAGCUUUUGUAGAGUUUCCCAGAGGGUAGGACUGCAAAAAGUUUAUGGGAACUGUCCUUUACUGUGUUUCUGGCUAUGCUGAGGCAUCGUGAGCUGGCAAUGUCUUCUAGAGAAGGCAGAGGACAGCCAGUGAUUUUCUCCACUGAUUUUUUUGAAGGUCAUCCUGUCAGCAGCUGAGCAGCCAGUAUACCACACUGUGCAGGGUAUAUACAGAAAAUCUGACAUUGGAUUUAAUACUUAAAGAUCUUUUGUAAGACCCUCUUCAUACAUUUUUAAGACUUGUCGCAUCUUCAAUUUCUAACCAAUUUUUAAUGACACAGUUGUGUUUGUUUUGUGCUGAUAGUAGGACAAGAAUGUGAAAAAAGAAAAGAAAAUGCCAGUAGUAUUUUAUAUUGUAGUGUGUAAAUUAAGCUUUCUUUGGGCAUUUUGAGAUUAGAUUUUGGGAAAGUGCUGUAUGCAAAACACUUUAAUGUUAGCUGAUAAAUCAUAGCUCACAAUAAUUGAGUUGUAUUAAAUUCAAUAACUUAUCUGAAUAAGUCUGGGAAGGAUUGAGGUCAUAUUUGGCAGAGUUUCAAAAAUCUAAUGUGUGAUUAAAUCUAAAUCUAAAACUAGCCAACAACCUCUUCAGAUGAAAAUGUUAUUUAAAAAGAACAACCUACAAAAUUUAAGACAUUAAAGUCUUUUAAAGUCUUUUAUUUUAGAUGCUUAAAUACUUUUUAUAAGCUUUAAUUUUGUCUGAAUUGAUUGAUCAACUUUUUAAGAACCCGCGGACACCCUGACUGUGAUGCAGUAUGCCAGCACUCUCAAUGGUGGAGCGAUAAAAGGUCACCAGCAGAUUCUCCUUCAGACAUUUUUCCUGAGUAAUCUUAGAAAGUGCAAUCUCUGCUGGGACUUUAUGACUACUGCUGAGGUGUUUGCAGACCAGGAAGGUCUUGUAAGAUGGUGACCCCUGGAACUAGGAAGUGGAGACCAUCUCCACUUCCUCUCCAUUUAUAAGAACGGGUGCAGGAUCUGCUCUUUGUCUUCUUAAGCCCAACACCAUUUCCUCAGUUUUCUUUGUGUUCAGAACCAGAUUAUUAGCCUCACACCUCACUGAGAGUGCUGUAUGAAGACUCCUCUUUCCCCAGUAAUGAGACCAACCACUGUUGUGUCGUAUGCAAACUCAAUUAUGUGAUUAGAGGAGUGGAUAGGGGUUCAUUAGUCCGUGUACAGAGAAUAGACUAAAGACUAUUAAAUAACAGUGGCAGAAUCUCAAUUCAUAGUACAGUGGAGUGGAUGUCUUAACACUUUGAGGCAGAAAUUCCAACAUGUCAGGGAGCUGCCAACAAAUGUACUGUUGUUUGAUUGCUGUGUCAUAAUGAAAAUAUUUGAUGACGUAAUGGCACUGGUUUCUUGCUUGCUUGAUGUAAAAACAUGUUUGUCUAUGCUGCUUUUUUUCAAAACAUUUAAUUAAUAAAAAGGCCACUAAAAAAUCUCCCUAAUGAUUUAUAAAAUACAUUUCUAGUACUCAACAGUGAAUACAUUUUGAGUGUGUAAUCUAAGCUUGCUCUCUUCAACUAUCAAGAAAGUCUGCUCCCAUGUGGACAACAGAUGUAUUGCUGAUGCUUGUGGUACAUAUUUUUUUGCUUCUGAUUUUUUAAAAUCAAACAAUA